AUGCGCUUUUGGCACGCCUGGGGUCUGACUGGCUUAGCCACACUAGCAGCUGCCCUAAAUGCGACAGUGGGCUCGACUGCAGCAUUCACUUCUACUACAGUCACUGCCGCUCCUUCGACUGCAUCGACUACAACCCUUUCAUCUCCGACCUCGUCUUCAGUGGUUGUUGUUGCUACCGACAGCUCCGGGCAGUUCACUGCAAUCGGCGAGGCCAUCGCGUAUGCCCAAAGACAAGGGAUUCCUACUGUGACCGUGAAAGCAGGAACAUAUACACACGCUGUCACCGUCUCUGCCACACCCUCGGUCACCAUCAUUGGUGAGACUGCCAAUGAGAAUGACUAUGCGCAGAAUCAGGUCACCACCUCUGCCACUAACCCUCUCGUCAUCUCCGUCAACGUCCUCGGUAUUACAUUCAGCAACGUUAACUUCGUCAACACCGCGACCGGCAGCUAUGGGGCCGCCACAAUCAGAGGAUCAAAGAAUGCAUUCUACCAAUGCCAGUUUGUGUCUGCAGGAAGCCUAGGUAUCACCGCCAAUUUGGGACUCGGUAUCAUCGCCAACAGCUAUAUCGAGGCCCUGGACAAGGUAAUCUACAGCUAUCCCACCCUGUACAUCUAUAACACCACGGUCGUACCUGUUGGGUCCAGCGCCCUUGUUGUUUACAACAAGGGCUACACAUCUGGAGCCACUUUGUACAAUUCGACCGUCGUCUUUGAUUCUUGCUCGGUUCAGCAGAAAGCUGGCACGAGCAAUAAGAACGUCUACAUGGCAGCAGCAAACAACGGCGGUGGAUCAGUCGUCAUUUUCCGGAACACGUUCCUCGCGGGUCUGAUUGCUGCUACAGGGAGUUCAUCGUCCGCCGUUGCCACGCUGACUGCAGUGGCUACAUCGACUGCAGCUUCGACAUCUUCCACCACUGCAUCUGUGACGCCUACUGCACCCACGCCGUCCUCCACACUGGUUGUCUCCCAGAAUCCCACUGCUGAUCAGUACGCCAAUGUCAGCCAGGCUAUCGCAGCUCUGCCUAAUGAUGGCCAGGCAUACACCAUCUACAUCCAGGCUGGAACCUAUACCGAGCAGAUCUCCAUCACGCGCGCAGGCAAGGUUACCCUUCGUGGUGAAACCUCCUUUAAGAAUGAUUACACGCAGAACCUGGUUACUAUCCAGUUUUCCUACGGCGUCCUAACCAGUGCAGGUCAGGAUGAAAACACGCCGGUUAUAUAUGCAAAGAAGACAGAUGGCUCUGGUCUGGCGCUGUACAACAUCGACUCUGUGACCACGUAUCCGCAGACCAAGAACACCGCUGCCCUGGCUGCAGACUUUUAUGGUUCGAACAUGGCAGCAUAUGGUUGUUCCUUCAUCGGGUACCAAGACAGCCUCUUGGCUAACAAGGGUGUGCAAGUGUAUUCGAAUUGCUACAUCGAAGGAUCGGUCGAUUUCAUUUGGGGUUUCUCGACUGCCUACUUUCAUCAGUGCUAUAUUGCAUCGAAUACUGCAGGCGCGUACAUCGCAGCCCAGAGUCGAUCCUCUUCCACUGCCGCUGGUGGGUAUGUGUUUGACAGUUGCUAUGUGACCUACACUAACACCUACGGUACCUCUCUUGGUCAAACGUACCUCUGCAGACCUUACUCUCAGUACAGUAUAGCCGUUUACAUGAACUCCUACCUGGAUAAGCACAUCAACAGCGCCGGAUGGAGUAUCUGGUCUACCAGUGCACCCCAAACUGACCAUGUCACCUUUGGAGAGUACAACAACUCGGGUCCUGGAGCAUGGUCGUCCAGCCGUGCGUCAUUUGCGACCAACCUGACUGCAGAUGCUGCUAGUGCGUACACACUAUUGUCGUGGAUUGGAGAUACAUCCUGGUUGGACAUGACAGCGUAUAACUAUGUUCCUUCCUAUAGCCUUACUGGACCAUCUACGAGCACGAACUCGAGCACUACCACUCCUGCUUCUACUGCUACCCCCUCCGCCACCGCAACUGCAACGUGGGGUCAUCCUACCAGCGGAACCACUCCCCCAGCAGGCGCGGUCAUUGUCUCUCAAGGAGGGUCGGUGAACGGGUCGUAUAGCAACUUGACAGAUGCAUUAGCUGCUUUACCCAAUGAUGCUUCGACUCAGAUCAUCUUCAUAUAUCCAGGCACCUACACCGAGCAGGUUCCAUCAAUCAAUCGGAAAGGGCCUGUUCAGACCAUCGGCUACCAGUCUGGAAACCCUGGCAAGACUUACAGGACCAACCAAGUUACUAUCUCUUUUGCCCGCGGCCUGUCUGUGUCUCCACUGCCGACGGGUCACUCUGACGCAGAGACGGCGACCCUGUCGACCGCCAGUAAUAGGAUUGCGCUAUACAACAUAGACAUCAUUAACAGUGAUAACUUGGAUGGAUCACAGUCUUCCUACGUGACCCUCGCUGCGUCCAUCUAUGGCUCACAGAUUGGCUUCUAUGGCUGUAGCUUCAUCGGCUGGCAAGAUACCCUCUUGACCGGCAGUCCAGCAGGGUAUCAGUACUACGAGUCAUGCUAUAUCGAGGGUGCAAUCGACUUCAUCUGGGGAUACUCCAAAGCCUAUUUCAAAGGAUGCACCAUCGGUGCCAAACGGGCGAAAUCUGCCAUUACGGCGCAGAGUCGAGCAUCGUCUUCUGCAAUCGGUGGAUACAUAUUCGACGAGUGCACCUUUGAGGCCGCUCCUGAUGCAACAGUCGAUCUAACCCAGACCGUGUACCUCGGUCGGCCGUGCUCGGCGUGUGCUCUGGUGGUAAUCAAGAAUUCGUAUCUGAGCGAUAUCAUCCAGCCCGCUGGAUGGAAGAUCUGGAGUGCGACUGACCCCCGUACGGACCACAUCACAUUCGCCGAAUUCAACAAUUCAGGGCCGGGUAAUUGGGAGAAUAAUGCAGCUGCGCGACAGGCCUUUGGCAAUUGUACUCUGCUUACUUCGGACACCUAUACACUUGAAGCAGUGAUGGAGUCGACUGACUGGAUUGAUCUGACAUACUGGGACGCUGUUACUAUUCCGACUGGAACCCCGACGACUACGGCUACAGCGACCGCUACUCCUAUUGCCUCUCCGACUCCGUAUGGUGGUACUGUUCCUCCUGUCGGAGCGUACAUCGUGUCGAAAACGGCGAUUGAAAAUAUUACUACUUACGAUACUAUCCAGAGUGCGCUAAAUGCCCUGCCCACAUCAAGUAAAGUGGCACCUACAGUAUUCAUUUACCCAGGUGUCUACGAGGAACAGCUUGUGCUAAAUCGUUCUGGGACCACGAUCCUCAUCGGCUACUCAACCUCAACCUUCGACUACAACAGCAACCAGGUCACUAUCCAGUAUAACGCCGCUGUCGAUACCCAGGCCGACCAGUCCAACUCGGAUAGUGCCACUGUUUAUGCCACUGGCAACUACUUCCAGGUUAUCAACAUCAACUUUGUCAACGACUUUGGCACCACCAAGAACUAUGCAUCGCUCGGUUUCGCAGUCAAGUCAAGCAAGUACGCCUCUCUGUACGGUUGCCAGGUGAAAGGGAACCAAGACGCACUCUUGAUCAAUGGAUACUUCUUCGCUAGCAACAGCUACAUUGAGGGGAACAUCGAUAUGAUCUGGGGAUCGGGGGCUGGGUACUUCCUCAAGUCGGCCAUUGCACCUAAUAAGGACGGCAUCAAUCUGACUGCCCAUAAGCGGUCCACAAAUACAAGUGCAGCUGGAUUUGUCUUUGACCAAUGUGCUAUCGUUCCCUCCACUGGUGCCGGGACAAUGUCCGAUAUCUCACUCGGCCGACCAUGGAACUCUUUGGCUCGCGUGGCGUACGUGGAUUCGUACCUUGAUUCGUGUGUGACGGCAGCCGGAUGGGAGCAGUGGUCGUCGAGUACUCCAAACACCGAUGGGGUGGUAUUCGGUGAGUACGGCAACUAUGGGCCUGGCGCGUCGACUGCUCAGCGUGCCUCGUUUGCAACUCAGUUGGAUGGUAGCGGUGUUUCUCAGUUCCAGUUGUCGAGCUUCUUUGCAGUGACGUCUUGGAUUGAUUUCACUCAUGUCAGUGGAACUCCGUUCGUCCCUGGAAAUAUAAUCAGCACAAGUGUGCCUGUGCAGUCAGCGACGCCGACCUCGAGUACCAAUGUUACACCCUUUACUGUGACAACCACAAUGACCGUGACAGAUAAGGAGACUCUGUACACAACAUUGACCUCUGCUGAUAAGACUUCCACGACGAAGUAUACCGUCACGGAAGAUGUGGGUACAACCCUAAGUGCAGCCGAGUCGUUCAAGACAACGACGCAGAAGACUACCGUCACGGACACGGUAAUUGUCACUGAGCCGACAGUGACGAGCACGAAGAAGGUUGUCGUUACCAGCGAUGUUGGCGUCACCAUUACACCUGCUCCAAGCACAAGUACGAGCACGCUAAAGCAAACUACCACAGUGGUUGCAACAACUACUCAGGCGCCGUCUACUGUCACUGUCAAGAGCACGUUGACUUCUUCCGUGGCCACCACGGUGACAGCCAAAGCAGUAACGACAACAACAACUGCAGUGAGAACAACGACUGCCAUCACGACAUUCACCCCAGGGACAGCCAAGGUAACUUUGACUGCUACUGUCACUUCGGGUACUGGCGGCACCACGACUAUCACGGCCAAGGCUAACCACAAGCACCCUGCAAAGGUGAAGCGGAGUGUAAUCCCCCGCGCUGGUGCCGCUGUGACUAUCACCGACUACACCACGCUCACAACAACCGCCAAGACGUCGACAGUCAAACUUCCUGCGUCAACUGAUAUCAUCACUGUGGUCACCACCAAGACAACUGGCAAGACGACGACACUCCCGGCCUCCACAAGCACCAUUACCGUCCUGUCAACAGUCACCAAGGGCACGACCAGCACCAUCCCAGCGGUAACCAGCUAUGUCACACAAACCAGCAUCUCAACCAUCGGAAAGACUACCACCCGCAAGGCUCCGACCACCAUAGUGACUGCUACCUUGCUCGCAACCAAGACAUCAACUAUUACCAUUGUCGGCGCAACUCAGACGGUCACCAGCUUGAAGACGACAACGAUCGAAUCGACCGUUUCGCUCCCUCGACGCACACUCACCGUAACCAAAUCGACGGUCUCGACGAUACAUUCAACGGUCACGCUCGCCACCCCCACCAGCACGGUCGUGAAAACGACAACAUAUAGACUUAAGCUCUCGGCGACGUUUACUUCCCGGGCCACGAGCACCAAGACAACAACGGUAAAGAAGACAGUUACGCAGACGCAAACGGUGACUAAAACGUCCAAGGGGGCUGGGACCUGCCCUACCAACUAA